CGUCGCUGCCUCAGCCCCAGCAGGCAGAUGUACGAAGGGCACUACAGAUGAUCAUCGGCGCUUUGACGGCGGUUGCACCCAGCUCGGCUUUCGUUGGUGAGUACAAAAUGAAAUUACGCUGUCGACGCGAUUCAAACGGGUCUAAAACUGAGUCUGAUGAUGAUGAACCUUGGCGUAUACCAUGGAAUAUCUCUGUUCCUGAAGUCACCAUCUCUGCCUUCAUGGAGACAGGCCAACCCGAAUCGUCGAUCAUCGUUCCAAUGCAACGGGCGUACACCGGUUGGACCCAGUGUGCGAUAUCAUCCCACCUUGCCGACACUCCCUGCGCUACCCUGGGCAUUCAGGGCCUCUUGGAUCAACUCAACACCACACUCGGAACAUCACACACCCUGGACACACCAUCCCUCUCCUCCCUUCUUGAAGAGUGCAUCACAAAUAACUGGGACUUUGGCUUGGCAUAUGGCCGUCUUCGCCGGAUAUGGUACACCCGCAACUGGAGCACUAUACGAAUCACAUUGCGCAAAUGGGAAGAGAAGGAUUGGGAGAUGCGACGAAAAGCGCUUGUUGGUAACCAGAUCGUCGACCCAUAUUUGCCACCUCGAUGUGUGUGGGAUCUGAUCAGCAAUCGGGUGGUGCCAUGGUGGUGCACAGGCAUCCCUUCUUACAACUGGAAGUUGAGGCUUAGGCCGAUAUCGCAUGCGUGGAUGGAUGAGAAGGACCAUGUCGAUGAGUGGACGCCCAUCAAUGGAUAUGAAUGGCCCGCUCCCAUCCCGAAAGACACCAACCUCAACCUUGUCCGCAUCGAGAUGCUCAAUCUUGGACUGGAGUAUACGUGGUUGGACGUUCUCUGUUUGAGACAGGUGGGUGGACAGCAGGAGGAAAUGCGUGUGGAAGAGUGGAAGCUGGAUGUGCCCACCAUCGGAGCAGUGUAUCGUAAGGCCUAUGUGGUGUGUUACUUGAGUGGACUGGGUCGGCCUUUGACUUUGAAGGAGUACGACUUGGGCAGUGAUCGGUCUUGGUUUAGACGUGCAUGGACACUGCAGGAGAUUGGUGUAAGCAGGGAGAUUGCUGGGGACACACCGGAUGGACCACUGCAUGCCAAGCCAAUAGAUGAGGGUGGGAAGUAUGAGACUGAACUACUGACCAGGUUUCACAAACAGCUGCAGUCUGUCGGUUUCUAUCCUUCUGGUGUGUUUAGGGCGCUGAAGAGCAUGCAGAAUCGGGUGUCGACGAACCCAGUGGACAAAGUCGCAGGACUGGCAUUUGUUCUGCCGUGCAAGACAAUACCGGCAUACUAUGAGAGCGAGUCUCUCGAGAACGCAUGGACAGCACUCGUCAAUUCGAUGGAUGCGUGGAUGCGGGGGAAGUUGUUCCUAUAUCCUGAACCGGGCAAUGCAGGCACAAAAUGGAGACCAUCAUGGAACCAGAUUAUGACGAAGCCUCUGCCCGCAGCCGCAGGUGUUCACCCCUUCAUCAACGUUGAUCGGAAUGAGGAGAUGGAUGAAGACUGGUGUGAUGCGGAGUGCAUUGAAAAGGGGUUGGUGCGGGGGUUGGCUGUUGUGGAAGGGGGUUACCGACGCGGAAAGUUGAUCGUUAAAGACGCGGGUGCCAGGACAGAACAUGCAUUCAACAUCACAGCCACCCACGAGUACCCGAUACUUGACGACACAUACACACUGAUUCGCGCUGAUUCAGCAUGGUCCGAAGAUUGGGCUGUCGGCCGAAGACUAUUAGGGAAAAGGUUUGAGAAAGUGUCGGCGUUGAAAAUUCCCAAUGGCAGACAAUUAAGGAAUCUUAGUGAAAGGUGUCGGAACAUUCUUGUUUGA